UUUAAUAUUUAAAUUAUUCUAAUGGUAACUUGGUCAUGGUUCCAGUUUCUUGCAAUUGCACUGGAAGAAUUUGCUUGCAUCAGGCCUCUUACACUGUGGCCAAGGGUGACACCUAUUCCCCCACAGUCAGUGAUACAUUCCAAGGCCUGUCCUCUUGCCAGGCUCUACUUGAUCAGAACUACCAUACAAAUGAGGAUUUUGUUGUAGGUGCACAGCUGAUGGUUCCACUAAGAUGCGCAUGCCCAAGUACCAACGAGAGAGCUAAUGGGGUUAAAUCCUUGCUUACAUAUUUGGUGACACUGGGCGAUUCUGGGAAUUCAAUUACAGAAAGCUUUGGUGUCACUGUGCAAAGUGUUAUGGAGCAAAUAUGAUGAUGGAACCCGAUCUAAUAUAACCUUUAUCAAACAUUCUCAUUCCCCUCACUUGUGCAGAAGAUUCCAAGAGUAACUUCUGCUAUUGUCCCAGUGGAUAUGCCGAAGGUAGGCCAGGAAAUGACCUCAAUUGCAUGCCUGACUGGAAGAAGUUUCCUUUCAGGCUGGUUCUCGCGAUAGGUGCUGCCAUUGGUAUUGGAUUCUUGUGUCUUUUGCAGUUCAGCUAUUGCCUAUACAGAUAUCUAAGGAAGCGAAGAGACAGAAUUGUCAAGGAGAAACUGUUCAAGCAAAAUGGUGGUUUGCUGUUGCAACAAAAUUUCUCACUUUAUGGAAGAGACAGAAGAGCAACAAUAUUUUCCGAAGAAGAUCUGCAAAGCACGACAAAUAACUACAGCCGGAGCCAGUUUCUUGGUCAAGGAGGGUUCAGCACAGUUUACAAAGGGAUGCUACCAGAUGGUACCAUAGUUGCUGUGAAGAAGUCAAAGACCAUCAGCAGGGGCCAAACUGAGCAUUUUAUUAAUGAAGUGGUUGUUCUGUCACAGGUUAAUCAUUGGUACAUUGUAAAAUUGAUAGGAUGUUGUUUGAAGACUAAGUUUCCUCUACUGGUAUAUGAAUUCAUCCCUAAUGGUGCCCUGUCAUCAGCAGGAUAAACAUUGUUUCCUUUCUUGG